AUGGCGGAAGAGACAUCACGACCGCUCAUUGUCGGCCCUGAGUCGGGCCCUGAGGCGCCUUUCCCGCUCAAGAUGGAAGGCAAGGUCAUCUCUGGCUUCGGCCGCGGAUCCAAGGAGAAGCUCGGUAUCCCGACAGCUAACCUCCCCGUCGAUUCCUCGCAAACGCCCUGGAUCGACGAGGUCAAGUCCGGAGUCUACUUUGGCUGGGCGUCCCUCGCCCUCCCGGCCGCCCACCCAGACCGCGUCGCGCCCCCUCCCGGCGCAGGCCACGGCCCGGCCCAGCCUUCUCUCGAGUUUCAGCUGUACCCCAUGGUGAUGUCCAUCGGCUACAACCCUUUCUACAAGAACACAGUGCGCUCGGCGGAGGUACACGUGCUGCACAAGUUCUCCGACGACUUCUAUGACUCGCACAUGCGCCUGCUCAUCCUGGGCUACGUCCGCGAGGAGAAAGACUACAAGUCCCUUGAGGCGCUGAUCAAGGACAUUAACCUGGACUGUGACGUCGCGCGAAACUCGCUCGACAGGACUAACUGGGCGCCACCCGCCUCGCUGCGUCCCGGUGCCGCCAAGGACGGGGCGCUGGAUGCGAAGUGGUUGGUGGAGCCUCUGCCCAAGAAUUAG